GAGGCAAUCAUUGUCAACGUGUUGCAUCGCCGCUUGCAUGAAGCAAUGUCAUGCACGCAUGAUGUUGAUUCAAGCUGAAUAUCAAGCUGCACCUUUCAGGCUUUCUCAUUCUUCUCUAAACGUAAAGCUCAACCCUUGUCCUUGCUCCUGAUCAAGGGAUCGGACCAUUGCUUUCUCUGCCGCAGCUUUAACUUUUUCUCUUAGAACGCCCGCUUUCAGCUGCAACAUUUCCUGCUGACCAGCUGACUCUGCUCCAAUGGCACCAAGCAGUGCUUUUUCGCUGCGCCCUCUGGAGGAAGCAGACAUCCCCGCAGCAGCAGAGGUUGCGUGUGAGGCCUUCAACUCGUUCAAUGAGACCGUGGGGCUUCCCCCUGAGGUGCCCUCUCCGGACCCAUUCGUGGAAGUGAUAGCGGCCAAAUUGCGCAGUCCCCUGUCUUUCUCUGUGCUGGCAGUCAACCGGGAGGGCCAGCCCAUUGGCAGCAACUUCAUUGUUGGGGACCCAGACUCCAAGAUCUGGACGAUGGGUCCGGUGAAUGUUUCCACGAAAGCCAACAGCGCGGGAGUGGGCCGGGCGAUCGUCAAGGCGUGCGUCGAUCACGCCGAGAAAGAGGGUGCCAAGUCGCUCCGUUUGGUGCAGCUCACGUCCAACCCGAAAGCCUUCUCCCUCUACACCAAGUUCGGCUUCGACCCCAAGUUUGUCGCCGCAUAUUUCGAGGGCUACCCAUCGAAGCCGUUGGAAGUCGCCAGCGGAUACACCGUUAGGAGACUCGAAGAGGGCGACAUUCCGGGGUGCGACGCGCUGUUCUUGGCCCCAAACGGCUACUCGUUUGCCAAGACUCUGUCGGGUUUCACCAAGGGAUGGCCGUUUCCGAUGUUCGUGGCGCUGAAAGACGGGGAGGUUGUCGCCUACACCACCGCGUUCCUCGUUAUGGGCCACGUGGUAGCCAAAGACGAGGACGCGUUCGUCGCGCUCUUCAGCGGCGCGAGCGCGCAGCUGCGCGAGAUGGGCGCGCCCCCGCCAACGUUCCAUCUGCCCGUCGCAAUUCACCCCGAGCUGUGCCGCUGGUGCCUCUCGGUCGGUUUGAAACUAGUGAGGCACACAUGGAUCAUGGUCAAGGGUGAGUUCAAGGAGCUGCCAAGGGAGCCGCUGUACUGUCCGAGUAUCGACUGGCACUAGCAGCCGCGCGGUUGCCUCAACACAAGAGACUGUGCAAAAACGAGUUUUGAGGAAAUUGUCGCAAGAGAUCAGCUGAUAUGUGCAGCGUGGAUCAGAGCUAGCUUCCGUAGUGCUUUGCCAAUGGUGACAAACUAGCGUUCUGCGUGCUCGGCUCCAAUAGAUCCGAGAUUGUGAGCAAGGAACAAUCGCUAUGCGGGCAUAGACCUUGAUUUCCGUCCUAGUUUUCGUUGCAUGAGAGGAAGACAACUGAAGGAAUCAAGUGCAUAUUGAGCCUUGAGACGUGCAAUCCACUUCCAAAUGGACCUUGCAAGUCACUGAGUGGUGGGAUUGUCUCAGAAAGUCCA